ACACUAAUCAAAGAUCCUCAGUAUUCAAGAGUGCUCUGCUGUUUUAACGGUCUUAGUACAAAAAACGAAUCAAAGAUCCUCUAUAGACAAGAGUGAUCUGCUGUUUUAAAGGUCUUAGUACAAAAAAAAAACACUAAUCAAAAAUCCUCAGUAGACAAGAGUGCUCUGCUGUUUUAAAGGUCUUGGUACAAAAAAGAAACUCUAAUCAAAGAUCCUCAAUAUGACAGGCGUACUUUUCUGUUUUAAGGCCUUAGUACAAAAAAACGAAUCAAAGAUUCUCUAUAGACAAGAGUGCUCUGCUGUUUUAAAGGUCUCAGUACAAAAAAUAACACUAAUCAAAGAUCCUCAGUAGACGAGAGUGCUCUGCUGUUUUAAAGGUCUUAGUAAAAAAAAAAAUAAUCAAAGAUCCUCAAUAUGACAGGCGUACAGUUCUGUUUUAAGGCCUUAGUACAAAAAACAAAUCAAAGAUCCUCUAUAGACAAGAGUGCUCUGCUGUUUUAAAGGUCCUGGUACAAAAAAGAACACUAAUCAAAGAUCCUCAGUAGACAAGAGUGCUCUGCUGUUUUAAAGGUAUUAGUACAAAAUAAUUAAUCAAAGAUCCUCAGUAGACAAGAGUGCUCUGCUGUUUUAAAGGUAUUAGUACAAAAUAAUUAAUCAAAGAUCCUCAGUAGACAAGAGUGCUCUGCUGUUUUAAAGGUAUUAGUACAAAAUAAUUAAUCAAAGAUCCUCAGCAGACAAGAGUGCUCUGUUGUUUUAAAGGUAUUAGUACAAAAUAAUUAAUCAAAGAUCCUCAGUAGACAAGAGUGCUCUGCUGUUUUAAAGGUCUUAGUACAAAAAAGAACACUAAUCAAAGAUCCUCAGCAGACAAGAGUGCUCUGCUGUUUUAAAGGUAUUAGUACAAAAUAAUUAAUCAAAGAUCCUCAGUAGACAAGAGUGCUCUGCUGUUUUAAAGGUCUUAGUACAAAAAAGAACACUAAUCAAAGAUCCUCAGCAGACAAGAGUGCUCUGCUGUUUUAAAGGUUUUAGUGCAAAAAGAACACUAAUCAAAGAUCCUCAGUAGACAAGAGUGCUCUGCUGUUUUAAAGGUAUUAGUACAAAAUAAUUAAUCAAAGAUCCUCAGUAGACAAGAGUGCUCUGCUGUUUUAAAGGUCUUAGUACAAAAAAGAACACUAAUCAAAGAUCCUCAUCAGACAAGAGUGCUCUGCUGUUUUAAAGGUUUUAGUACAAAAAAGAACACUAAUCAAAGAUCCUCAGUAGACAAGAGUGCUUUGCUGUUUUAAAGGUCUAGUAAAACAUUUUUAAAAAAACACUAAUCAAAGAUCCUCAAUAUGACAGGCAUACGUUUCUGUUUUAAGUCCUUAGUACAAAAAACAAAACAAAUCAAAGAUCCUCUAUGGACAAGAGUGCUCUGUUGUUUUAAAGGUCUUAGUACAAAACACACUAACAAAGAUCCUCAAUACGACGGGGGCACUCUUGUGUUUUAAAGUCUUAGUACAAAAAAACAAAUCAAAGAUCCUCUUUAUGACAGGAGUGCUCCCUCCUCCCGGUCCUUUCUUAUCCGUAUGAACCUGAUGGUUGCUGGUGAACUCUGCCUAGCAACAAGUGAUUUAAAACUGAGACCAUGUGAUCAACUUGUGCACGGAGCGUCGCCAUUGGUUGAGAAGAAAGGACCAGAAGAAGAACUACAAAGCGGUGCAGUCCUGUGAGGAGGGGGGCUCAGGGGGGGGCUAUCUGGAGCCGCUAGUGGCCCUGGCCCAGAGCGGCGCCAACAUGCACAACGUGCUGGGCCCCGCCUGCAUCUUCCUACGCAAGGGCUUCGCUGAGAGCCGGCAGGCUGACCGAGAGCUGAGGCCGGAAGAAAUGGACGAGCUCCGUGAGGCGUUCAAGGAGUUCGACAAAGACAAAGACGGCUUCAUCGGCUGCAAAGACUUGGGGAACUGCAUGAGGACCAUGGGCUACAUGCCCACAGAGAUGGAGCUGAUAGAACUCAGUCAGCAGAUCAACAUGAACCUGGGCGGACAUGUCGACUUUGAGGACUUUGUGGAGCUCAUGGGGCCCAAACUGCUGGCCGAGACGGCGGACAUGAUCGGCGUGAAGGAGCUGCGUGAUGCCUUCAAGGAGUUCGACACAAACGGCGACGGUCAGAUCAGCACCGCAGAACUCCGAGAGGCCAUGAAGAAGCUUUUAGGACAACAGGUGGGUCACAGAGACCUGGAGGACAUUCUGCGAGACAUCGACCUCAACGGAGAUGGACACGUGGAUUUUGAAGAGUUUGUUCGGAUGAUGUCUCGGUGAUCCCAGACCUUCCAGAACAGACCAAGUCUGCCCUGAAGUUGCACUGCUGGAACAACAACGUCAACAACGUUGAUUUUCUUUCCCUUUGGACUAUAAACUUUGUUUUUAUCAAGAAUAUUUGUUCUUUUUUUUUUUUUCUUUUU